AUGUUUUCGAGGCUGCUGAACACCAAUACUGCGUUCUUCAUCUGUGAUGUGCAGGGAUGCUUUCUGAAAUCUAUUUUUGCGGUCGACGAAGUCAUCCAUUCGACCUCUUUUCUCCUGAAAACUGCACGCGCGUUGGAGGUACCCUGCGUCAUCACGGAGCAAUACCCCGAUAAGCUUAAACAUACAGUGGACUCUCUUUUGCCUCUGAUCAACGAGACGGAAACCCAGAAAGCAUUCCCCGUGUUUCCGAAGGUUGACUUCUCGAUGCUCACCCAAGACGUGAGAAAUUAUUUGCAAUCGACUCUCCCCAAUGUGAAGAAUAUAGUGCUGUGCGGAAUGGAGACCCAUGUGUGUGUGCUGCAGACGUGCUAUGAUUUGAUGAACAGCGGCUACAAGGUUCAUCUGUGUGUCGACGCAGUGAGCAGUCGCUCGCCUGUAGAUCGCAAGGUCGCUUUGAACCAGUUGCAAAAGGAUGGAGCCAUUCUUACGACUACGGAAAACGUGGCUUUCCAGUUGAUUGGCUCAAAGAACCACCCCCAUUUCCGAGCAAUAUCGGCUCUUGUAAAAGAGAAGGAGCUUCCUAAGCAGUUGGAUUAUUAAGAUUUAAAUUGUGUAU